UUCAGCAAGAUGAAACGAUGGAGAGUCCAAACUUUAUUUCGCUUGCUUCUGUUUGUCAGUAUAUUGCCAACCUGUUGGUGUGCUCAGGGAAAAUUCGCUCAGAAGCUCCUGAAUGAUUUAUUCACCGACUACACCAGUGCACUGAGGCCUGUGGAGGACACAAACAAAAUACUGAAUGUGACCCUGCAGGUUACACUGUCACAAAUUAUCGACAUGGAUGAGCGAAACCAAAUUUUGACUGCAUAUUUGUGGAUACGGCAAGUGUGGGUUGAUGCACACCUAAAUUGGAAUAAAGAUGAUUACGACGGACUCGAUACCAUCCGCAUACCUAGUAGUUAUGUAUGGAGACCUGAUAUAGUCCUAUAUAACAAUGCUGAUGAUCAUUUCACCGGUCCCAUGGACACCAAUGUGGUGAUUCGGCAUGAUGGCCAAAUAAUGUGGGAUUCCCCUGCAAUCACAAAGAGCUCCUGCAAAGUGGACGUGUCCUUCUUCCCCUUCGACGCUCAGCAGUGCAGGUUCACAUACGGCUCCUGGACUUAUAAUGGUAACCAGCUGGACAUUCUGAACGCCAUGGAGAGUGCUGACCUGGCCGAUCUGGUGGAGAAUGUGGAGUGGGAAGUGCUGGGUAUGCCGGCUAAGAAGAAUAUUAUUCUGUAUGGCUGCUGCGCUGAUCCCUAUCCCGAUGUGACCUACACACUUAAAUUGAAGAGAAGAGCGUCCUUUUAUGUCUUCAACUUGCUCAUACCAUGUGUGAUGAUCUCUUUCCUGGCUCCACUGGGCUUCUACUUGCCCGCAGACUCUGGAGAGAAGGUCUCUUUGGGUGUCACUGUGAUGUUGGCACUCACUGUCUUUCAGCUGUUGGUUGCAGAGAUCAUGCCACCCUCAGAGAAUGUGCCACUUAUUGGAAAGUAUUACAUUGCUACGAUGACCAUGAUCACAGCCUCCACUGCUUUGACCAUCUUCAUCAUGAACAUACACCACUGUGGCCCUGAUGCUAAACCCGUUCCCAAGUGGGCCAAGAAAGUAAUUCUGCAGUACAUGGCCAGGAUGUGCUUUGUGUAUGAAGUUGGGGAGAACUGCUUGUCACCACAGCCGGAGAAACAGGAACCCCCACCUGUAAAGAACACCAACUGCACCAUGAACGGUCAGGUAGGACCAGGCAGAGAGGACUGUGUCUUCAAAAUGGAGAGGGGACAAGAGACAGUGGGCUGCAUUCCCGCAGAGGAGAGGGACGACACUAAUCAGAUGAUGAGCCCAGGAGGCUCAAUUGGGAGGAAUCCCACCAACAACUUCAGCACUUGGAAGAAUGGCGUUUUCAUGAGCAUGGACUGUGGAGAUAUAGGGUGUCAGAGGAGAUGCAGGAAGGGAGGUGUGAGUGAUGGGGACAGAGGAGACAGGGAGGUUUCCUGCAGCAGUCAAAGCAAUGAGAAGCAGCUACUGCGUAACAUUGAGUACAUAGCCAACUGUUACAGAGAUCAGAGGGCCACACAGAAAAGGACUGGGGAGUGGAAGAAAGUAGCCAAAGUUUUAGACCGUUUCUUCAUGUGGAUAUUUUUCAUAAUGGUGUUUUUAAUGAGUCUCCUUAUCAUGGGCAAAGCCAUCUAA